AUGGCGCUUGUGAUACCUGGUGUUCCAGACGGUAUUCCUCAUUUGCAGUGCAAUUUUGUUGCUCUUCAUGCUUUACUUGAAGCCUGUCUCACAGAAAAGCACGAUCAGGGCUCAAUCAGUGAAGCUAAGAUUGACUCCUUCAAUUUGCCCAUAUACAACCCAACUGAAGCAGAGUUGAAGGGCCUGAUAGAGAAUAAUAAUAAUGAUUGUUUCAGCAUCGAAAAAAUGGAGUCAGUAAUCUAUAACGAGGAAGUAUUAGAUGUUACCGAACAAAUGGCAACUUCGCAUGUAAGAGCUGUCUGGGAAGGAGUUAUCAGUGACUACUUUGGAAAUGAUAUUGUUGACGAACUUUUUGAUCGGUAUGCAAAGAAAUUCACAGAGGCUUUCUUGAUUCCAGAGUCGACAAGCUACGAGCGUAUGGUUCUGUCGUUCUGA